GUCAAACGUCACUGCGUACGUCAGUUGUGAAAGCUUUGGGCUGGAGCAGCGAAACGAAAAUAUCAACCCCUUUCCGAGCGCCGAUUUGUUUUGCUUCAACACUUCGUCGCGUGCGUGUUUGUGGUGUGACGACGAAAGUUUCGGUCGUAAGCGAAUCCCUGCCGAGCAUCUGUGUCUCCCAAAAACAAAAAGAAGCGAUGGCCAACUGUAUCCUGCGCGGCACACUGUCGAAGCCAGCGAUGGCGUUCGCCCGCACGCUCGUCUCGGGCCAGUCGGUGGCCCUGCCUAGGGUGGCAAUGUUCACCGGCAGCCUGGUGGCGCCCGCUGCCCGCAAAGCGCAGCCGCUCGCCAGCACCACCGUGCGCCACUUUGCCGUCUCGCCCGUGCGGUGUUCCAGCGGCGGCAGCCACGUUACGCUGUGGAAUGCCGAGCGCGCCCUGUCGGUCGCGCUGCUCGGCGUCAUCCCGGUCGGGCUGAUGUUCCCGUCCCAGGUCGGCGACACCCUGAUCGCGGUCAGCGUCGUGAUGCACCAGCACUGGGGCCUGGAAGCGAUCGUCACCGAUUACGUGCGCCCGAUCCUGUUCGGCACCACCGUGCCGAAGCUGGCCCACGGUUUGCUGCUGCUCGUGUCCGCCGCCACGCUCGGCGGGCUGUUCUACUUCAACUACAACGACAUCGGCAUCGCGGGCUUCGUGCGCAAGAUCUGGUCGACCAAGGCGAAGGAGUGAAGCGGCCAGCGGUGGGAAGAGCAAUUUAACGAUUAUUACCUUUAGUAACUAGUUGAACGCGAACGCAAACGUCUGACGGAGGG